AUGGUAGUGAAGGUGUACGGUCCUCACUGUGCUUCCACUAAACGGGUGCUUGUUUGUCUCGUUGAGAAGGGAGUCGAAUUUGAGGUUGUCCCUGUUGACGUAACAAAGGGGGAGCAGAAGGAUCCUGAGUACCUCAAAUUACAGCCCUUUGGAGUUGUUCCUGUCAUUAAAGAUGGAGACUACACCUUAUAUGAAUCUCGUGCUAUAAUGAGGUAUUAUGCAGAAAAGUACAGAUCUCAAGGGGUUGAGUUGUUGGGGAGGACAGCAGAAGAGAGGGGUCUUGUGGAACAAUGGCUGGAGGUCGAAGCACACAACUUUCAGCCACCAGCCUAUGAAUUGGCUAUGCAUGUUUUGUUUGGUCCAAUAUUUGGCAUCACUCCAGAUCCCAAGGUGGCUGAGGAGAAUGAAGCAAAGCUGGUGAAGGUGUUGGACAUUUAUGAGGAUAGGCUGUCAAAGAGCAAGUAUCUGGCUGGGGACUUCUUCAGCAUUGCUGAUAUCAGUCACCUUCCAUUUACAGACUAUAUUGUGAACAAGAUGGAGAAAGAGUAUUUGAUAAGGGAGAGGAAGCAUGUGAGUGGUUGGUGGGAUGACAUAAGCAGUAGACCAUCAUGGAAGAAGGUUAUCGAUCUCUACAGACCUCCAAUCUAG